UGAAAGUGUCAUUUUCUUCCACAGGGCCAGACUGGGCUAGGCAUCAUGAUCAUUGAGGGUAAACAUGCAGAGUAUGGCAAUGGUAUUUUCAUCUCCGACCUACAGGAAGGAUCUGUUGCUGCAGAGGCUGGACUUCUUGUGGGAGACAUGAUCCUGUGCGUCAACAAGGAGGAGAUGGUUGGUGUGGACUAUGACCAAGCUACCAAUAUCCUCAAGAAAACUGAGGGAGUCAUCAACAUGUGGGUGGCCAAUGCCUCCAGAGGAAAGGAUGGCAAGGUACCAGCAGCAGCAGCUGCAACAGAGAAAAAGAAGCCAGACGUGCCACCAAAACCGACGCUGGCCCCCAAACCCGUCCUGCCUGCCAAACCUCCCUCGCUCUCCUCCAUGUUGCCACCACCGGCACCUGUGUCAUCGUCAUCAUUGGACGAACCCACCAUACCUUCCUCUCCCCCAUUACUUCCUGCUCGUCCGGCGCCCAUGGAACGGUUACCAUCACAUGGCCUUUCCUCCAUAACAUCGACCGCGUCAUCAACCUCAACGACGUCGUCUCCAUCCUCACUCCCACCAACAGACGAGAAGCCUCAGGAUCCAGCAACAGCAGAGAUCCUGCCCGGCAAAGAAACCACCAUUGAAAUUGUCAAAGAAAAGAUGGGACUUGGCCUCUCCAUUGUAGGCGGCUCAGAUACACUCCUGAGAGGUGCUAUAAUCAUCCAUGAAGUGUAUCCUGACGGUGCCGCUGCCAAGGACGGUCGACUCAAACCCGGCGACCAGAUUCUUAACGUAAACAAUGAGAACUUUAGAGAAAUUACCCACCAGAAGGCUCUCAGUGUUCUAAGGCAGACUCCCUCAAAGGUGAAGAUGGUGGUGUACCGUGAGGAGGGGACGCAGAAGGAGGAGGACCUCUACGACACCAUCACCGUUCAGCUCACCAAGAAGUCUGGCAAGGGUCUUGGACUUUCAAUAGUUGGGCGCAAGAAUGGCCCGGGAGUUUUUAUAUCUGAUGUGGUUCCUGGCGGUGUAGCAGAAAGUGAUGGUCGACUCAUGCAGGGAGAUCAGAUUUUGGAAGUCAAUGAUAAGGAUCUUCGGCAAGCAACUCAAGAGCAAGCCGCUGCCAUUCUGAAGUGUGCACCGGGCUCUGUGUCGAUGAAGCUUGGACGACUGAAGGCCGGCAAGAAAGCCAAUGCCAACAACAACGCGAACAGCACAUGGCCAGUGACAAUAAGUGACAGUACCCCGGACAGCUCCAGCAGUCCAUCCACAGAGCCCCCCGUUCCCAUCCCCCGCACACACCUCCCCUCCCUCCACCAGUCACACCUCCCCUCCCUUCACCAGCCACACCUCCUCCCUCCACCACAACAACAUGCACCACAGGAGACUCAGGAACCAUUGGGCAUCAGGACAAUCUUGUUAGAACGACGUGAUGAUGGCUUGGGAUUCUCCAUCGUGGGAGGCUUCGGCUCCAACUUGGGAGAUCUGCCCAUAUACGUCAAGAGCGUGUUCGAACGCGGAGCCGCGGCCCGCGAAGGGUCCCUAAGACGUGGCGAUCAGAUUCUGGAAGUGAAUGGACAGUCGCUCGCCGGUUUGACACAUGCUGACGCCGUGGCCAUUUUGAAAGAAGCGAGGGGUUCAGUUGCACUCACUAUUUUGCCGUCUAAGUGAAAUAUAGAAACAUUCACGCUUUUGUUUUCAAUUUUGGUGUUUUUUUUAAUUGUUGCAAAUGAAGGAUAGUUCUAUAAGAUGAUACAGUUUAACAUGAUCCUUGUUAAUAAGACUUUGAUGGUUUUCUGCAUAAGGUCUCUUAUCAUUAAUGAGUCUGCUAUUCUUUGGCUUAUUCACAAUGUCAUGUUAAUAGUAAUGCUUAUUAUGGUCAGUUAUUAUGUUAAUGCUCACAUGAUGGGACUCCAAUUACUCAUAGUCAUACAUAUUGCCAGAGGCAUCCUCCCAACUACAAAUUGUUUAUACCUGUGUAAUUCUAGGACACUCUGUACUACACCAAUGUGUGGCCUUUAGAGAUUGUGGUAGUUUCACAUCAGCUUUGUUUCCUUAAGAAUAUUUUUGUUUACGUUUUGUUCUACCGACCAGUUCUGCAACCCUUCUGUUAAUGCGGACACGCGAACGAAACUCGUAUGCCCUAAGGGAGCCUAUUUAGUGAACAAGGGAAUCUGAAUAAAGGAAUUUAUAACAGGCCAUUAACCACAAGAAUUAAAAGGGACAAAUGCCUCGGGUUACGAGAGCCGUUUUAGCGACCCUAACGCAAGCCUUCAGCCACGGCAAAACAGGUAGCAAUAUAAUUGAGACAAAAAGUUGUUAACCCUAAAAUGACUUUUAUCAAAUGCUGUAUACAGUUCUAGGGACAUGCUGCAAACUUUUCAUUACAGUAAGUCAUAAAAGCAUUUUUGACAUGAUUUAUAAGAUAAAAUGUGUUUAGAUUAUGUAUACAUGCAUUUUCUUAAGCAAAAUGUCAGUUCUACUGCAGUGUGUAUAUAUAAUCAUUUGCAGUUUUAAAGUUUAAAUAAAUGUAAUAGUAUGCAUAUGAUUAAUAAAUUAGUUGGCUAGAUUCUUUGCAAAGUCUAUACAGCAUAUCAGAUUCCUAUUGGUAUUAUGUACAGGCUUUUAAGCCAUUUGUUUUCAAUAGAACACUAUUCAUAGAGUCUACCAUUCAUGUUGUUGAUUGCUUGAUUACAGAAAACCUGGUUGAUCCAAACUGUAAUAUCAAUGUAACUGUUAAAAUGAAGGUUUUUUAAGAUGGUUUAUACUAUUUAAUUGUUUUGUACAUGUAUAACCGACCAAUUAAGCCGAUCAACUUGAUGGACACCGCUCGUUGGGAUGAACCAGGUUUCCGCGCAUCUGUUAUCUCUUGUUAUGGAUUUUACCUCUUGAUUCUGAACAAUAAUUUCGUAGGGUUGUAUUAUUCAUUAUAGAAUUUAGGAGAGCAAUUUUAAAGCAUUAUCAGGUUAUGCUGAUGAUGCUCACCUUAGGUUAAGCAUAAUUAGGGCAUUAUUUUGUAAUUAAUCCUUACUUUCCAAGAUGAAUUCAGUACUGUGCAAUAUGGGACUUGAGCCUUAUUUGUUUAUUAUAGUCCCAGAGGGUAUUGCAGUUCUGAAACAUUCUAAAGAAGUGUUUGGAUAUUGCCAACAGAGACUAUGUUGAGACUUGGUGUUUACUGCCAUAGUGUAUCUUUCCUCGAUCACGGGGAUUAGUCUUGCUAUCUUCCCACACCCCGACAUGGAGGCCUCAACAAUAGCGUGCCCGACACUCGGAAUGACGAGGGGCCGCCGAUCCCAGCGCGACGUUUGGCCGCGGUUCGUUGACAGAUCAAACAUCUACUCGAAUCCGUAUUCCGAAAGGUAUAGCCAAGCUGCUACACAUGCACCAAAGAACCACGAGCAAGCAAUAGCACAGCUUGGUUGCAGCAUUAGAAAAGCGUUUGCCUCAGACAGGCCAACCCAGAAGAACAGUCUGAUCCCAAGCUCAUAUAUUGACAUCUUUUUAUCAUCUAUGCAAUAAGGCAGUAAUAUGAAAUAAACAUUUCUCAUUA